AUGUCGGCUGAGAUGGAACUUCUCUACCACGUCCAGGAUGGCCAGUCGGGUUAUUUGUCGCCCAAGCGCGAGAGAUUCAUUCUAGACGAGGAUAACUGGGAAGAGUGUUUGGAACGCGUCCUGUCGGGCGAGGCCAAGAAGGCGGAGCUACGAGCAACCUGGCACAGGUCAAAGAGGUCGGGGCAGGUGUCCAAGUCCAUGUCAACUACACAGACGCCUUCAAACUUCCCGGCACGCAAGGAGAUGGAGCAUAUGUCAGCGGGCGCACGCAGCCCAACUAGGUCCAACAGCAACAGCACCUGCCCAAGAUGCUCAGAGACCAUGUCGACCAGAAGGAGCUCGGGAAGUGAACGCGAUAACAGUCCAGUCAGUAGAACAGAUAGCGGACUGGGCCAGAUGGUAGAGGCGGCGAAAUGA